GGGCGGCCCAAGCCUCGGCGACGGCGGCGUUGACACCUCCCACCAUGGACAGCUUCGACUUAGCCCUGCUCCAGGAAUGGGACCUCGAGUCGCUGUGGGGUGAAGACAUCUUAAACCAGAGGAAUGAUUCUCUAGUUGUGGAAUUUCAGUCGUCAGCCAGCAGAUGCAGGAGUGUCUAUGAACCAGAUAGAAAUGUGUUACGGAGGAAAGAGCGAGAGAGAAGAAAUCAGGAGACUCAACAGGAUGAUGGAACAUUUAAUUCGAGUUACUCCCUCUUCAGUGAACCCUACAAGACUAACAAGGGGGAUGAACUCUCCAACCGGAUCCAGAAUACUUUAGGCAAUUAUGAUGAAAUGAAAGACUUUUUAACUGAUAGAUCUAAUCAGAGUCAUCUCGUUGGCGUUCCCAAACCUGGGGUUCCUCAGGCUCCCGUGAACAAGAUUGAUGAACAUUUUGUUGCAGAUUCAAGAGCCCAGACCCAGCCCUCAUCUGUCUGUAGUGCUGCAUCUUCCACACCAGCAGCUGUCCCCGUGCAGCAGAGUAAGAGGGGCACCAUGGGCUGGCAGAAGGCUGGGCACCCGCCAUCUGAUGGCCAACAGAGAGCAACACAACAGGGCUCUCUCAGGACCUUGCUUGGAGAUGGUGUGGGCAGACAGCAGCCACGGGCCAAACAAGUGUGCAAUGUAGAGGUGGGUCUUCAGACUCAGGACAGGCCACCUGCUAUGGCAGGCAAGCACAGCAGCAGCGGACACUGUGUUCAGAACUUCCCUCCUUCUCUGGCUUCAAAACCCAGCCUGGUCCAGCAGAAACUGACCGCGUAUGUGCGGCCAAUGGAUGGCCAAGAUCAGGCUCCUGAUGAGUCUCCAAAGCUUAAGUCAUCCACAGAAACCAGCGUGCACUGCACGUCCUACCGGGGAGUCCCAGCCACCAAGCCCGAGUCUGCCAGAGCCAAGGCCAACAAGCUUUCCAAGUUCAGCAUCCCCAAACAAGGAGAGCAGAAGAAAGAAAUUGAAGACAUUAGAUUUUCAACCAAGAGUCAUACAGCUGCCAAGGGACACAGGCACUACUGA